GCCGCCGCUUUUAUAUAAGGUCAGCCGUAGGUGAGGAGAGGGCUCCGCCGGGGAUCCGAAGGCUGCGCCGCUGGGCUCCUCCUGCCGCCUCCCCGCGCCGAGGUCUGAAAGAAGCCAGCACUAAACCACAGAUAUACAACAGGAAGGCCAUUUUCUCAAGCAACAGUUAUCCAUUAAAGCAAGCCACAUGGCUUUCCUCUCCAACUCCAGGAAUACAUAGCGUGGUCUCCUUUGAAGAUUCAGUGUUGCCUGCAUCACAGAAAUAAGUCAUCAUGGUUGACACAGAGAUGCCGUUUUGGCCCACCAACUUUGGGAUCGGCUCCGUGGAUCUCUCGGUGAUGGAUGACCACUCCCACUCCUUUGACAUCAAGCCUUUCACCACCGUGGACUUCUCCAGCAUCUCUGCCCCACACUAUGAAGACCUUCCGUUCUCAAGAGCCGACCCCAUGGUUGCGGAUUAUAAGUAUGACCUGAAGCUCCAGGAGUACCCAAGUGCAAUCAAAGUGGAACCUGCAUCCCCACCCUAUUAUUCUGAAAAGACUCAGCUCUACAAUAAGACUCACGAAGAGCCUUCCAACUCCCUCAUGGCGAUUGAAUGUCGUGUCUGUGGCGAUAAAGCUUCUGGCUUCCACUAUGGAGUCCAUGCUUGUGAAGGAUGCAAGGGUUUCUUCCGAAGGACCAUCAGAUUGAAGCUCAUUUAUGACAGGUGUGAUCUUAACUGUCGAAUCCACAAAAAAAGUAGGAAUAAAUGUCAGUACUGUCGGUUUCAGAAAUGCCUUGCCGUGGGGAUGUCUCAUAACGCCAUCAGGUUUGGGCGGAUGCCCCAGGCCGAGAAGGAGAAGCUGUUGGCGGAGAUCUCCAGCGACAUCGACCAGCUGAACCCAGAGUCUGCCGACCUCCGGGCCCUGGCAAAGCACUUGUAUGACUCAUACAUAAAGUCCUUCCCGCUGACCAAAGCCAAGGCGAGGGCGAUCUUGACAGGAAAGACAACAGACAAAUCACCAUUUGUGAUCUAUGACAUGAAUUCCUUAAUGAUGGGAGAAGAUAAAAUCAAGUUCAAACACAUCACCCCCCUGCAGGAGCAGAGCAAAGAAGUCGCCAUCCGCAUCUUCCAGGGCUGCCAGUUCCGCUCGGUGGAGGCUGUGCAGGAGAUCACGGAGUACGCCAAAAGCAUCCCUGGCUUUGUGAACCUUGACUUGAACGACCAGGUGACUCUGCUCAAGUAUGGCGUCCAUGAGAUCAUCUACACCAUGCUGGCCUCCUUGAUGAAUAAAGACGGGGUCCUCAUAUCAGAGGGACAAGGCUUCAUGACCAGGGAGUUCCUAAAGAGUCUGCGAAAGCCCUUUGGUGACUUUAUGGAGCCCAAGUUUGAAUUUGCUGUGAAGUUCAACGCCCUGGAAUUGGAUGACAGUGACUUGGCAGUAUUCAUAGCCGUCAUCAUUCUCAGCGGAGACCGCCCAGGCCUGCUGAAUGUGAAGCCCAUCGAGGACAUCCAGGACAACCUGCUGCAGGCCCUGGAGCUGCAGCUCAAGCUGAACCACCCCGAGGCCUCGCAGCUGUUCGCCAAGCUGCUGCAGAAGAUGACGGACCUCAGGCAGAUCGUCACGGAGCACGUGCAGCUCCUGCAGGUGAUAAAGAAGACGGAGACGGACAUGAGCCUGCACCCCCUCCUACAGGAGAUCUACAAGGACCUGUACUAGCACGGCCCCCCUAAGCCACUGACGCCGUUUUCCUUCUUCCAAUUGCACUAUUAUUUUGAGGGAAAUUCUGACACCUACAAAAUUUUACUGUGAAAAAGCAUUUAAAAAGAAAAGGUUUUAGAAUAUGAUCUAUUUUAUGCAUAUUGUUUAUAGAUAUACAUUUACAAUUUACUUUUAAUAUUAAAAAUUACCAUGUUAUGUAAUGUGCUGGUAGUAUUUGAAGACCGAGUGUGAUGUGUUGCCCCACCCCAGCCCCUUGGACU